UUCGUCAUAACAACAGCGAUGGCGGCUGACGGAGAAACGAAUUCAGAAACUGGCAAACUGGAGUUCUCUCUGGAUGUCCCCUUCCCAUCAUCCACUGAGGCCAUCGUCGCCUUGCGGUCCCUGUCACCUGAUCAAGAGCCGAGGCGAGGCGGCAUCAGCAAACAACUGAGUGUGUCCGGCAGCACGCUGUCUGUGAGGUGGAGCGCAGACGAGGCUCGGAUCCUCAGAGUGUCCGUCAACUCAUUUCUCGAUCAUCUGUCGCUCGUUAUAGAUACGAUGGAAAUGUUCGGCCCGCCUGUUGCCCCGUGAUCCAGCGUUCAAGUCUUGAGACUCUGAUUUCAGUUUUCCAUUCUGGAAAAUUACUCUGGUCCACCCUUUUGGCAAAAUGCAAGCUUACACAAGUGCUGUGUUAAAAACUUGAAGAUCAAACUAUAAGAGUUUAUGGUAGAAGCAUUUUGUUGUUUUGUUUUUAAAAUCCACCACAGAGAUGCUACAUCAGGUAUUUUGUUGUUUUUUACUGAAUAUUUUUGCCUUUUCUUUCAGACUACAAGAACACUCAAAUGUUUAUUUAAAAUUGUACUUGCUGUAAACAAAACAUUUCCAAUUUCAUUGUAAAAUUCAGCAACUUGGGCUGGAUUCAUUUACAAAUGUUUUUCUGAGACAGACAUUUAUUCGUUUUACUUUUUCUAAAUAAGGAAAAUUGACGCUUUAAUUUGUGUGUCAAGAUUUUAAAGUUUAUAAAAAUUCCUAUGAGACUGAAGAAACAAAUGUAAAACUGCUUUGUAAGCAAAGUUUAGUGUUGAUUAUGGCAAAUGGAGAAUUUGCCUUGUGAGAUAUAAUCAAUUAGGAGACAGGUCUAAUCAAGGUUAAUCAGAUUGUUUUACAACUUAAACGCAAUAAAUGACUUUCAGGGGUGAUAAAAAAACAGUUUUCUCUUUUCUCUAUGACUGAUUCCUUCAAUGAGACAUAAUUGU